GAUCAAGACAAAGUUGUGUCUUAGAUUUAUUGUGUGUUGUUGUGUUUAAACGAGAUCGGUUUCGUAUUCUUACUGGAACAAUGAAAACAACUCCGGUGCAGUGUUUUGUGGUUAAAUAACAAUGCAAGUAGUUUCUGACGAGAGUGCUGUGUUGUGAAAUAUAUUGUAUUUGGUGCUGAUUUACAAUGACCGAGAAAAAUAAAUCUGAAAAGAUGACUAAUGCAUCGAAACCUGUUCCCAUGAAACUUUUUGCAGCCUGGGAAGUGGACAGAACGCCGUCCAAUUGCAUUCCCAGGCUUUGCACCCUUCGGGUGACCAGACUCCGCGUUUGCGGAGCUUUGGGCGAAACGGGUGGUGGCGCGGCGGGCAGCGUGGGAGCAGGUGCUGUUAUCCUCGCUGCUCGCAUGCACAGCAGCAAGCGCACACUCCGCUCUAACGACAUAGCUGUGCCACCUCUAGAUGUGGAGUUAGAUCUAUGCUUCUCUCUCCAAUAUCCACAUUUUGUUAAGCGAGACGGUAACAGGUUACAAAUUAUGCUGCAGAGGCGCAAGAAAUACAAGAAUCGCACAAUUUUGGGUUACAAGACCCUCGCCGAAGGCGUUAUAAGGAUGGAUCAGGUGCUUCAACGCUCAAUGGAUAUGGAACUAGAACUUACCAGCGUGGGCGGCAAGGUAGGGGCAGCGGCGGGGCAGCCCGUUGCCAGACUCACCAUCACGGGUCUGGCAUCCACUCCCGUCGACCAUGACACUAAGAAUAAUAACACUUUGCUUAUCACGGAACGUGGGUACUCUGAUGAAGAAGAGGAGGGAGAAUUCAGUUCAGUAGAAGAGGCAGACGACAUGACAUAUGGCGCUCAAGCGCGUCGACGUGCGCACAGACAGCUCGCCUUUUCUCACAAGGCAGACCUUUCAUAUACUAAGCUGUCACGCUCUCGCGACUUGAGCUUCAUGGAGCGUGAGCGAAAGAGACAAAGCUAUAUACACUCGAAGGCGAACGACAGAGACAGCGACAGCGAGUUGGAAAAUGCUGCCGCUAAACGCAAGGGCAGUCGCGGCAAGCUCGCGCAACGCAAUUUGAAGCAGAAGUUUGCAGCGCUGCUGCGGCGGUUCCGUGUGCCCGAGGAGUUGGGCGAGAGGGGGGCGGCUCGUGAUACUCACAAUGCGCAACGCGACAUCGAUGAACUCUUCCAGGAAUUGGAGUCUCUUUCGUGCGGGGAAGGCGAUGACUCUGGGCCGGACCAGAUGGAUACUAUCAGCAUUGGCUCCACGCCCAAACCCUCGCUGAGGCCUUUCUUCAGCAGCUCUCGCAGUCUCGCCAAUCAGGAACAUCACAGGCAUUCCAACGAGUCGGAAGCGAUCCGCAGCUCUGCGGGCGACGAGCGCGGCAGUGAAGGCAACAGUGACGGCGAUGCGACUGCCGACGCUCCUGUAUCCGGCGCUUCAGUCUCUAGCUCACCCCCUAAUGAGAACAAGAUGGCGACGGAGGACAAGCGAUCGCGUCUGUUCCGCAGUGCUACGAGCGGCGGUAACUUAACACCAGGCGCGGUCUCCGGCCGCAAGAAGAACUCUUUGAUAACCGCAGCGGAACGACCGCUCUCUGCCCACGAGCUGCCCGCGCAAAGCCCCACCACCUUGGAGGCGCGUCGCGGUGUAUCAGAGCAGGUGUGGCGUGCGGUUGGCGAAGAGGGCCCGGUGCCCGAGUGUGUGGGCGUGGCUCCGGCCGGGGCCCCAGCGGCCGCUAUACAGGCCCUGGGCGCCGCAUGCGUGGUUUCCGGGCCCCACGCGCCAGACGCCAGGCAUUUACUGCACGCACUCUACGCGCGCACCGCUAAACCGGGGGCCCGUCGCGCUGUAGUGCGCGCGGUUAUCUGCGGGAGCGACGGCGCGGUGGCUGGCGCGUUGAGGGCACACGCGGAUCUCGCAGCGCGGCGACCGCACGACGCCCUGCAGAUACGGUUCUACAUUGUGCCAUACGGUCCCAACACGGUGGCCCGAUACCUUGGUGCUACGGACAGUACAUACGCAGCGUUGUUCCUUGGCGAGACGUGGGCGUCACUAUGCGAGCGUGCCACAGACAACGUCGCCGAUAUUGCUGAGAUGUCGUCCCGGAUUGCAAGGUAUUUGAACAGUAUCGGUCCAGUAAACAACAUUCCCAUUGGUGAAGCGAUGGUGGCCUACAGAGAGAAAUCAGGCGACGAAGAUGCCAGCCAGACUUUUGUACCAUUCAUAGCGGAGGUGCGAGUGGGAUGCAGCGAGGGCGGCGUGUCUUCGUUAGAGCUGGAGGAGGGUGGGUCUCCCCCCGCGCGACCCUCGCCCCCCGCCACCCCCGCGCCCGCGCCCGACCUCGCGCCGCCACUGCUCGCGCGCACCGAACCACUAGAGCUACAACUCGACUAUUGGCUGGUGCCGGGGCGACAGACAGAGGGCGCGGAUGGCAAGGUGACGGUAAAGGCGUCGUUCCGCGCUUUACACGUCACCAGACAAAACGCGCAUCUCUGCAUCACUUACCUUACCAAGGAGAAGAAACAAAAGAGAAACAGAAGGAAUUCAGAAAAACCCAUUCAACAGUUCCUCGAUCUCUUCAUAAGUGAGGGUAUGAAGCCAUUUCUCAACCACGACACUUUCCACAUAUUGAUUGACCUGUCACAUGUUUUUUUUAAGGAUGCCACUACCCACCUAAUGCGAUUAGGGAAGAAGAAAGAGAAGUCCGGAGAGGCGGAAGUAGGGCGCACACAGACUGUAGACGGCGUCGCACGACUCAUCUGUUCUGCUAAGGGCUCGCACAAUUCACCGCUCAAGGCUGUCGACGCAAUGGCAAACGCACGUGAAGACUUUCCCGGUAGCGACGUGCGGCGCGCCUCUCGCACCAGCCGAGACGUAAGCUUUAACGAUCCUUAUUCCGGCUUUUGUAGACAGACGCUACCUCGAGAUAUUCCAGUGGGUGAGACGGCGUGA